CACCACCACCCCACCAAGUACUACCACCACCACCACCACCACCACCCCACCAAGUACUACCACCACCACCCCACAAAGUACCAUUAACACUACCACACCUACCACCACCCACACCACACCAAAACCCAGCAUCAAUAUCCCAACCACAACUCUGGCAGCCAUUAACACCACCACUCCUCCAACCACCAGCACGCCAACCACUGUUGCUAGAACCCAAUCAACCACCACGAAUACUACCUCACCAACUACCAUAUCACCCUCCAUAACUGUCACAAUAGUUGUCAACACCACAACGCUACCUAGCAACACAACCACAAUACCACACACCUUAGACACCAGUACCAAACUAACCAUCACUACUGUAGAAACUAAUACGACCACCAUCGCCACUACACCAACCACAACCUCUGCAACAGCAUCACCCAACACGACCACCAUUGCAUCUUCAACCAUCACAACCCCAAUUGCCACGUCCAUUUUUACAAAACCAACUGUAAUUACCCUUCCAAUCACUACCACUUUACUAACCACCAUUCCAGGAGCAGAAACAUUCACCACCAGCAUGCCUACCACUAUCGCCUCAGCACAAAGUGAUACCAUGUCACCAUUAACCGAUACCGGACCAAACGUCACAUCACCAAGCUCCAUCACUACACCAACCAAUACUUCACUAAACACCACACAAAUCACCAUUAACUCACCAAACGCAACCACCCCCACACGAACCACCAUCUCACCAACCACUCUCUCCACCACCACCACCACCACAUCAAACACUACAACCACACCAACCACCACCAACAUGAAGAUCACUACCACCACGCCAUCUGUUACCACAUUGGCAUCAUCUACCACUACCCCUGCAUCAUCAACCACCGUAAUGAUACCAACCACUAUUACUUCACCAUCCACAACCAUCACUCCACUUACCACCACACUAUCAGGAACUAGCACCCAUACCCCCACAACCUCUGCUAAGAAUGAAGAACUUGCCGAAGAUAAAACCGCCAACGAAUCGUUGCGAUCUGACUUAAACAAAAACAAAAGAAAGCGACGAGAGGUCUUCCCGCUCAAGACCAACUGGGGAAUGACGGAAGAGUUCGGCACUAUCAGGAAACUGAUGGAUGAUGGACCUGGUGAUGGGGGCACUUUAAUACCAAGCGCCGGAAGGCGCGUCAAAAGAAGUUUGUAUCCAGAAGACGUUCUGAUUCCUCGUGCUAGCAUCGAUGUCACAGUAACAACGGAAGUCCUUGGAGCAACAGAGAUAGGCAUCACGGAGGUUUCAGGAGUCUCGGAGGUUUCAGGAGCCACGGGGGUUUCAGGAGCCACUGGGGUUUCAGGAGCCACUGGGGUUUCAGGAGCCACGGAGGUUUCAGGAGCCACUGGGGUUUCAGGAGCCACGGAGGUUUCAGGAGCCACGGGGGUUUCAGGAACCACGGAGGCUUCAGGAGCCACGGAGGUUCCAGAUGUCUUGAACUCCACGGAGAUCUGGAGAGUGAUGAGUACCUCAUCAACACACAACAACAGUUGGUGGCAGCGAGUGAGUGCUACCCUCGGCAGUAUUGAGAAGCUGGUGGAGGAGGUGGCAGCUGGAGCAAUGGACCACCUGCAUGCCGCCCACCUGCAUCAGGAGGCAGAUACUCUAGAUGGUCUGGUGACGGCGGGUGCCAGCGACCCCGGGCUGCUCCGGCAAGCUCCUGGGGACCACAUACUAGAUGUAAUGGCAACCGUCCUGGUAGUCUCAGAGGAAGUGAAAAAUACCACCAGGAUUGUUGACAUCAACAUCGCUCACGCAAAGAGGUCAUGGUUGACUGUGGUGGCUUGGGUGAGCAUCUUUGCUGUGGUGGUGGUGGGUGCUGGAGCUACCCUCCUCCUCACCUCCUCCACCUCUCAUCUCUGCACACGAUCCACUGUUCUCUACAUCUCUCACGAAAAGUGGAGCAGAAGGAACCUCACUCACGUCUACUUGGAUGAUGGUUCCUCGGGUAUCAGCAAUGCCUCAUACGUCAGUUACCCUGAGUUGGAAUCCCAGGUGGAGGCGAAUUAUAGGGAAACCCAUCUCCCCAUGUCUACAUUCAGGAAGAUUGAAGUAUAGGAAAAAAAUAGGGCUGCACCCAUGGGAUAAUUAUAAAAAAAGUGCACCUCUUCACAUUUCACUCCUCUUGAGUAGGGCCCAGUUAUGGGAGAGUUCCCACUAAUGACCUGUCACUAGACAUUACAAUGAUAAAAGUGCCUUUUUUCACCUUUGUAAGUAGGACAUAACUAUGGAAUGGUAACCCCCUUUUGCGAGAAGUGUCUCAGAUCACUGAAUAGUAUUACCUGUACAGUGCAACGGUAUUAAUAGUCUGUUUUAUGCAUGCCAUCAUAUAAAUAUUCAUUGUCUUCAAGUGUCCUUAACCUCCUAUGGUCACAGCUGGUGCAUGCAAUGAUUUUGGUGUUUUUAACUAUCAAUAUUGCGAACAGAAUUGCACUAAUGUAAUUAAUAAACAUACUAUAAAUAUAACUCCGGAGACUGCAAUCUCCAUCAUAUAGAUACAGUACUGUAUUGUACUAACUAAUAAAAUACGAGCAGUAUUGUACAAUAUCAAAUUGAGCAGUAGUGUACAAUAUCUAAUUGACAUUAGAUAUUGUACUAACACUCGGAGUAGGCACCUGACACACAAUUUACAGGAAGGAGGUAUGAAGCAUCACUUGCUAAUCAACAACACUAUCCCAAAUUUAUUAAAUUGUCACUCAAUAAUUAAAACGCUACUAUCAUUGCACUCAGUGGUGAAUGGUGGAGGCUGCACAUUUGAAGGCAUUAAUAUUUGUGACCUACUUCAUCGAUAAACUCUCGUAUUGUUUUGACAUUAAACAACAGCUGUUUGAAGCCCUCUUGUUAAUCUAAAGGGUAGAUACACCUCAGAUUAACCAACGAUUAACCACUUCAUCUGACUCACUAGUAACAAUCAUAACCCAAGAAUAAGAGUGACCUGAUGUUCAUAACUGAACUUUUUCCAAUGGUGGAUUGACAUCUGCAAAGGAUGCACUUUGUUGUAAGAGCUGUCAUCCAUUGGUUUGUUGAUUUGUUACAUGUUCUAGUAUCCUCCUAUUUCCCUUAUAACAUGCAUACUCCUGAAGAGGUCACAUUGAUGAAAUGUUAAAUAAAAUGCAAAAAUUAAGUGAAUUAGCAUUUCUUCAUCCCUUAGUUGGUAGAACACAUUUAUGUAGUAUGAAAAAUAUUCAUAUGAAAAUUAAUAAUUGUAAUAUUGCUCGGGUUCAAUUCUAUUCCACUCACCUGGGCUCUAAGAGUCUCGAACCGUGGACCCUACGUGUGUGAGUCCGAAACUCUAUCAACUGGGCUAUGAGUAGUCUUAAUAGGGAAAGUUUCCAGAAGCAGCAUCCUGUUGCCAAACUAGAAUUUUCGACUUUCCCUGACUACUACUGAAGCUCAGAGGAAUUAGUGGUCCAUGCCCAUGUAAUAUAAACUUGUGUUCUACACAUCCGUGGAAAUAAACAUUCCAUUAUUCACGUGGGCUGUAUGAGUCUCGAACCGUGGAUCCCACGCGCGUGAUGCCAAAGCCUCAUGAAACAUUCCUUAUUAAGACUACUCAUAGCCCAGUCGAUAGAGGUUCGGUCUCACACACACGGGGUUCACUUGCAUGAGCCUGUUCAGUACAGACAUAAUUGGAUAAUUACGGUGUAGAUAUUUCAGUUAACAUCUUUAUUAAUCUUAACUGAUACAGUACUGGAGACUUGAAGGAGAUACCUUCCUACAGUCUAAAUUAUUUUUCUGUAAGAAUUCUUCAAAUAUAUUUCUUUCUCAAAUACAACUGAAACAAAUGUAUAAAAUGUUAGGUAUGAAUAAAAAUAUAAAUAAAA